AUGAAAACCAGUUGGAUUAGAAAGAACUGGCUGCUUGUUGCUGGGGUGUCUUUCAUAGGUGUCCACUUGGGAACAUAUGUCAUACAGAGGGCUGCCAAACAGUCUGUGAAGUCUCAGGCGGAAGGCAAACAGAAGAGUAUCAAAGAAUGAAAUGAAAUAAAUACUUGGAAUUACUGA